CAAACACUAGAUCGAGCAGUGGACACACCGGUCGGCCAGCUCCAAGCUGUCAUGGACCCUGAAGGCCUGGAGCUCCUGCUGCCUCCUGCCACUCUGGCCGCCCUGGCAGACAGCUGGCUCCGAGAAGACUGCCCAGGCCUCAACCACGUAGCCUUGGUCGCGGGGAAAGCCCCCUCGCAGGCGGUGCUGUGGGCCAAGUCCCCCGGGGUGUUGGCUGGGAGGCCCUUCUUUGAGGCCAUCUUUGCCCAAGUCAACUGCCAGGUCUCCUGGUUCCUCCCUGAGGGAUCGAAGCUGGUGCCUGUGGCCAAGGUGGCCGAGGUCCGGGGCCCUGCCCACUGCCUGCUGCUGGGGGAGCGGGUGGCCCUUAACAUGCUGGCCCGCUGCAGUGGAGUUGCCAGCACGGCCGCUGCUGCUGUGGAGACCGCCAGGGGGACUGGCUGGGCCGGGCAUGUGGCAGGCACGAGGAAGACAACGCCAGGCUUCCGGCUGGUGGAGAAGUAUGGGCUCCUAGUGGGCGGGGCCGCCUCCCACCGCUACGACCUGGGAAGCCUGGUGAUGGUGAAGGACAACCACGUCAUGGCAGCUGGUGGUGUGGAAAAGGCGGUGCAGGGGGCCCGGCAGGCAGCUGACUUCGCCCUGAAGGUGGAGGUGGAGUGCAGCAGCCUGCAAGAGGCUGUGGAGGCGGCCGAGGCAGGAGCAGACCUUGUCUUGCUGGACAACUUCAAGCCUGAGGAGCUGCACCCCACAGCUGCAGCGCUGAAGGCCCAGUUCCCGAAUGUGGGCGUGGAGGCCAGCGGGGGCGUCACGCUGGACAACCUCCCUCAGUUCUGUGGCCCCCACAUUGACGUCAUCUCUUUGGGGAUGCUGACCCAGGCUGCCCCAGCCCUCGAUUUCUCCCUCAAGCUGUUUGCCAAAGGGGCCACUCCAGUGCCCUAUGCCCACCGGUCCUAAAUAAAGCCAAGGAGGCUACGCCAGCAGUGGGAUAAUAUGGUUUCAUGGGACCCUCAAGGUUUCACAUCUUUAAGUCCAGUGGCCAACAGGAUACUCUUGAGUUAGCCUGGGCUAGGGUCCGUCUCCGUCACGUACUGUAUGUGGGACCUCGAAGGACUGAUUUCACCUCUGCUCACCUCAGUUUCCUAAUCUAUAAAAUGGGUCUAAUCAACCUUAUGGAUUUCUUUGUGUGAUAAUUAACACAGAGUAAGUGCUCAGUAAACGUUAGAAAUUUCCAUCA